AUGCUCGAGCCCGGUGCCUUGCGUUUGAUGGCAAAGUGGUCGUUUGAUGCACCAGCGUAUCACAGAGAAAAGGUUGAUGCAGCACUGCAUAUGGACGGACGUGAUGCGCCGAUUCCUGCUCUAAAUACAGAAGAGAUGUGUACAGCAGUGCAGCAUUGUGUGCGUGCUGUAUCGGCUUAUCGCACCCAACUGGGGACGCAGACAUUGUCGGAGCAAGAACAACAGGAAUUAUACGAAAUGCGGUACCAAGUCUGUGGGUGUUAUAUUCUCCAACAUGAUCUUACAUUGGCUCGCUCUGAGCUGGAACUCUUAACCAAGUCGCUUCGUCCAUGGCGCGGACAGCCUCCCUGGCAGGCUCAACUCAAUGCACGCGUGCUUGGAACUCUUGCUUGGCUUACAGAAGCGCUUGGUGACGUGAAUGCAUCAAAGCGUUAUGCUUUAUGGCGCACACAGCUAUCUACGUGA